GUCUCCUUGUGUCUCACUUCAACUUCAGAUGCACCCCGCCAGUCAAAAAAUACAGACUGUCGUAGGGUUGGCAUACAUACCUAGGUAUACGAGAAUAAUUUGGUUCGGUCCUGACAUUACGUUUACGCCUGGCGGGUCAUUCCAGUUCUAGCCAGGGGCUCGACGUCCCCAAAUAAACCGUCUACUGCUAGCAAGCGGCAACACCUUCGACACAUCUCUUUUGGAUACCUCAUGACUUCGAUGAUAGGAUAAUAUUACCUGUCGGAUCUUGAUUCUUUCACAGCACUCCUUUAAUCUUUGGCAACAAGGCUGUCCAACAUAAAGCCAACGCUGCACGCCUUGGAGCAGCACAUGGCUUUGUGGCAUUGGCGAUCUUGUUGUUACCAUCAAUCACGGCUUUGAUUUACGUCUCAAUGGUCACCAUUACCUCGUUAUUUGACUAUCAAAUCCCCCUGAAGGAGAGGCAGACUGAUCAGCCGCCACUGCGAAGUCCCAGAGUAUCUAAAGCGACUUUGCGAGGCCUCCUUGUCAAUCACGUCUAGAUCUUGGAUCUGGCAGGUCCAUCUCAGAGGAAUGGUCAUUGAAGCGGAGUACAAGUGAAGCCUGGCAGAGAAUUAUAUCCACUACGACCUUUGCAGCUUGCCGGACAGCGCUGUUGCCGGAGUGUAGGGCCUACUUCACCUUCGCCUUCGCCAGUUUUUACCUGCAGAAUCCCCCAUUGGUACCAGCCUGUCCAAAGUCUCACCCGUCACUUUCUUUCAAGGCUGGAAGUUUUCUGAGGCAGGUCUGGAAUCUUUGUCCGUUCCCCGAAUGACUGCAUGAUCUGCACGUUGCCGACAGGUUCAAACUCCUUUGUCCAGCAAACAUAUCUGGUGUGAAUGGCACUGUACUUAAUGGUGCGAAAAGCCUGCUUGUAAGCCACAAAGCAGGGACUCAAAUCAUUUAAGAACCAGAUCUAUACCUCCUAAACAAGAUUUCUCUCGGUGCAGCUGAGAAACUUCGCUUUCGCUUCCAUCUUCUCAGCGCUUUAAAGGGAGUCAAGUACGAGAACCACAACCACAACCAUGGCACCCAAGAAGCGAACCCCAGGCAAUGUCAUCGAUCUACUAUCAGACGACGACUCAGAGAUCCACAUUAUCCCUCCCUCUCAAUACCCUGGCGCCAACCGCAACCGCCCAGACCCGGGCCAAAAGCCUCCUGAUCUGCCGGCCAAACUCAAAGAACAGCACAGACAAUACUUGCAGGACUCCCAUGCCCCUUCCAGCGGACGCCUUCACGGCGGCUAUGAUCUAGAGACUCUCGAAUACGAAGAGCACCUGAUCCCUGAAGGACAACUCAACUGUCGCGGCUGUAGAUUGUCUCCAAUCGAAUUCGACGAAAAUGGCCAGGAAAUCCCGGCGGCGGUGACUCAUGAGAAGCGCCAGAAGAUCCUGAUGGAAAAGUUUGAGAAGAAGUGGGCUGAAGAGGAUGCUGAACGAUCAAACAAGAAUGCUACCACAGACUACCGUAAUGAGAAUCCUGGCCGUCAGCCAAGUGUUAUCGCCUUUGAUGUCGAACCUGCGCCAGUGACCCAUAACAACCAAGCCAACCGGCCCCGUGGGUCUCUCAGCGUUCCUGGGAAUGCCAAUCACGGGAGCAAACGACGUGCUCGAGGAUCUGGAUCUGGAUCUGGAUCUGUGUCUGGGCCUAUCGACAAACAGGUACCGGAACCAAACUCUGCCAGCCCGCAGACUGAUGGAAGAGUUCGCGAAAGUGAAAGCGAUAUCGAAAGCUCAACCGAGGCAGGAAGUGGAAGUGACACUGAACUCCACAUCCCAGCACCAACACCAGUGUCGCUGUCAGAACUGCGGGAGGGAAGAAUGGCGCCAUCCUCGUCUUCAUCAGCCACCUCGGCUAGCUUUGCUCCGCGAUCUCUUCGACGCAGCAACAUCAACUCCAAGGACCGCAACGUUCUAGACAAUAAGAAGGGAAAGGGCCGAGAAGAGAUUCCCGAAACCGAGGUCUUGGAGUUGGAUUCAGAUGACGAAGAAGAGCUCGAUGAUCUCAAUGUCGAAUCGAACGAACACAAGCACAAGAAUGGUCACUCUGGCGACAACCACGACGAGGAAGACGAAGAUGAAGAACUAAGACGAGCAAUUGCCCUAUCCCUCCAGGAUCAGCAGCACAUGGAGGACAAUAAUACCACCACAACGUCCAAGACUGCCGGGGCAUAUGAAUCUGCAUCGGCGUCUGCGUCUUCCGACCACCAUCACCAUCACCCUCACGAUCAUAACCCACAGGCCAAGCGGAGAAAACUAGCCCAUGCCGCACUCCUACAACAACGACCUGACGGACGGGAACAGACACAGAUACAGAUACAGAGACAACAACCAAAGCCAAUCCGUGAUACUAUUGUUGUGACAUCUCCCACAACUGCAACCACAGAGGGAGGUGCAGCUGCGCCGACCUCUUCGGGUUCCAUCUCCACCAGUGUUGGUGGUGGCGGCGGCGGUUCUGGUGCUGGUGCAGGCGCAGGGGGUCUAGCAGGUUUCGACCGCAAACAAAUGGAAGCCGAGCGUCUAGCCCGGCUCAAGAGAAAGUGUCAGUUUGAAGAUGGCGGCGAUACCCAGAAAAGCGAACAGGAACAGAAACAGCGUCCCCAUGGUGGUAGUGGUGCUACAAUUUCUACCUCUUCCACCACUGGUACCAACCACAAAGCACCGCAACAGAACAAAAAGUCAGAAAUGACGACUGGGAUGGGCUCGCAUACACAUUCACAGAGAGCCAUCUCAAUCUCACCACCGCCGGUUCGACGGCCGACGACGCGUCCUGACGAUUGUGAUCGUGUUCCACGACCGGCUCCGGCGGGCGACCACCGUUUCUCGACGGCAAGACAUCCAGCACUGACAACCGCAGGCAGCCAUAGUUCAUCUAUAGUUGGGCCGGCGACCACAUCAAGCGAGAACAAGCACAAAAACACAACCGCCUCUCGCGGCGAUGGAAGGACAGAUGCGCCUCCUACGGCGAGCAACAAAACGAACAGUAUCAAAUUGAAUUACUACCCGAAAGGCAUUGUCUUGAAAACACUGAUUCCCGGCAGCAACGACAACAGCACCAACAGAACCAUCGACUUUGCCACGCUCAUCUCGCCCGCAUCGGCCCUCGAAUCGUGUCUCUUGUCAUCCUUUAUCUGGAACUUCGACUGGCUCUUCCCGCACUUUGACACCAAGCGCACCAAAUUCCAACUUGUGAUGCACGCAAAGCAACCGUCGCGCCGGGAGGAACUGAAGGCCGAUUUUGCAGGUAUUCCCAAUGCCCGACUGUGCUUUCCACCCAUGGAUGGUAUCGUCAAUUGCAUGCACAGUAAAUUGAUGUUGUUGUUCUACAACGAUGAGAACAACAGCAACAGCCAGAUUGGACACAGACUGGGUCAUGGGCAUCGCAAUGGCAGUAACGCGUCGACCAGAUGCCGCAUUGUCGUGCCGACUGCGAACCUCGUCGACUUCGAUUGGGGCGUCGGUGGCAUCAUGGAGAAUACCGUUUGGCUGAUCGAUCUCCCACCUGCUACUGCCUCUGCUACUGCUGUCAAGACGCAGGCGCAGGCGCAGGCUGAGCUUACCGGGCGGCGUGCCACCGAUGACUCAAGUGUAACUACAGCGUUUCAGAAGUCACUUACCGCUUUUCUAAGGGCACAGACUGUCCCCGAAGACGUGAUCAGAAAGUUGGAGCGAUUUGAUUUCACCGAGACCGCUCACCUAGGUUUCGUGCACACCAUCGGCGGAAUGCACAGCGGAGGUGGAGGUGGCAAAGAGCAGACCUGGAGAACCACGGGGUUGCCGCUGUUAGGCCAGACCAUUACUGAGCUUGGUCUCACACCUCCUGCGGCGCGCGGACGUGGUCAAGGUCAAGGCCACGGCCCAGGUCCUAUCCAGCUGGACUAUGUGACGUCCUCGCUCGGCAGUUUGACCGACGAGUUUGUUAGCUCGAUAUAUUUGGCGGCCCAGGGGGACGACGGUUUGACCGAAUACAACAGACGCAACAGCACGACAGCGGCCGGAAGAAAAGGCACAUCAACAGGAGGAGGACAGAUGACACUGUUCGGCGUGAAAGGCCGAAAGCCUUCUGUUGCAAACUCUGGGAUGUUUUCUGGUGGCCACGACGACUGGAAAGAAAACAUGCGGGUCUAUUACCCCAGUGAUGAGACUGUCCGACGAUCCAGAGGAGGGCCUAGGAAUGCAGGGACUAUCUGCUUCAACAUGAAAUGGUGGCACAAUGGCAGAUUCCCCCAAUCCAUCAUGCGAGACUGCGUAAGCGUUCGUGAAGGUUUGCUCAUGCAUAACAAGAUCAUGUUUGUACGAUUUGCGGUACCAGUGGAGUUAGGCAAACCGCAAGAGCUCGCCAAGGUGGGAUGGGCUUAUGUGGGCAGUGCUAAUCUGUCUGAGAGCGCCUGGGGACGAUUGGUCCAAGAUAAGGCAACCAAACAGCCCAAAUUAAACUGCCGCAACUGGGAAUGCGGAGUUAUCAUCCCGCUUGUGGCAGAAGGCAAAGUUGAUCCUGACAAUGGCAAGUCGAACUCUAGUCACACGGCUGGCCUUGAGAUGUUCGACCAUCUUGUGCCAGUGCCAAUGAGGUAUCCUGGCGAGCGGUUCGAAGGCAAGAAGCCCUGGACCACUGGCAUGUAUGAUUAUUGAGUUGACACGCACCGCCACCACGAACAUAUUGUGAUUCGUUGAUACGAGAGGCUGUCUGUCGUUACGGCCGUCGGCUAGCAGAGGCACAAAUCGGAUGGAGGGGAUGGGUACUUUCUCAUUAUGCCAUUGUCAUGUUGACUUUUGCACUCAGAAACUGGCUUUAUCGCUCUGCCAAAGUCAGGUUAGGCUCGUGAAGGCCGGCAGCUGCCGCAAUCAACCAACCUAGUCUCAAACUUGAAGGAUGUUGUCUCGACCGAGGAUAGCUGAACUAGGUUGAGGAUAAUGCGGAAAGGAAGCGCAGGGAUGGCUCUUGAACGGUGACUUUAGGAUACGGAAGCGAGCUUAAUCUCAAACGACAGGUUGAGCAAGACUUUCCUCGCACAUUCAAAGGUGAAUAUGCUUCGACCAGGCGAGCCACAGAGUUUGGGAUGGCAGGAUACUUCGCAACUGUGGAGUCUCGAACGCUUGUCAGAGCAUUAGACUCCGUCAGCUGGAGGCAACAGUUUCGCGGCCACCCCAUCUUCGGUCUGACCUUAGGACCAGAGACUGGUGGAUGUCCGUCCAGGAGUCAAAGGAAGCAGCCCAGAAGUCAGCGAUCUUUACACGGAUGGAACAUUCCUAUUCCUCCUGGAGGUUGGUCGGAUGGCAUAACAGUCAUGGACAUGUAAGCCAAGCAUGGGCCAAGCACAGUUGUAUGUUCUUGGCCGGUCACUGGGUCUUCUAGACAAUCCAGCCUCCCGAACAUGCCAUCGUAUGUGGAGAUGUGCUGUACACCCAGGCUUAAACAUAACAGUAAGGGUGAGAAAGGUCCGUCGCGGCCGCAUGCCUUUCUCAGAACUUUCCAAGCCAUCAAACUCUCUUGCCUCGUUACUGUUGUCCAAUAAGAUCGACGCUAAAAGACAACAGAACCACUCAUUCUGUCGACUUUCCUUGUUGAUGAUUUUGUAAUGCCAGUCUGGCCUGAAGUGGAGCCUCAAGAUCCUUGCUUCCACAUUAUUCAAGUUAGGACUGAGUCUGUGCCAGGCGAACAAGAUUGUACGGAUAGGAAACUCAAUUAGGCGUUUGUUUGCAAUCGAGGAUGCGAUCGAUAGGUAUCCAAGGAUGCUAUGACCUGCAGCAGAUAGUCCGAGCACCAGGCAGCGCGAGCAAGGCAGCGUUUAACAAUGGUGGAGACAUCCUGCCUUUGAUGGAGGCAUCUGCUGUCCAGCCUGAGAUCAUCUGAUCUUGCUGUCCGCUUGUUUUCGACAUCAUAUCUGAACUGCUUCGGGUGGUGGCCUCCCGGCUUUUCUCGCUUUCUCCAGCAAAAUGUAGACAGAAGAAAUCGGAGGAAGCGAGUUAACACUUAGCGUGUGUCAAUACCUUCAAACUGACCGGCACAUCGGUGUCGGAGAUGAUGCCCCUUGGACAUCAAGCUCUCACUCGG